AAGAAAAAAAGAUAGAGGUGGAGGAGUGGGAAAAAACAGAGAUGGUUGAUCAUUGGAGCCACGAGCAUCCACUUACUCUGGUGGAAACUCGUGGAGGAGAUCACUGUUACGGUUGUGAAGUGCGGUUUGGUAGCGGAGAGCAAGCUUAUGGAUGCAGCAUCGACGGGUGUGAGUAUUCAAACCUAUUGCACCAAGAAUGUGCAGCGGUGGCGAGAGAGAUACGGCAUCCAUUGCACCACCCUCAUCACAUCCUCAUCCAACGCCACGAACCUGAUUUAAGGGGGUGUAAUAUUUGUGAAAGGACUAUUUGGAGCAUUGGCUACAAAUGUACAAGCUCAGGAUGCUGGUUCCAGAUGCACCUAAGAUGCGCGCAUGACAGUGAUCUGAUCGAUGCAGCAACCCCUGACGUUGAUGAGCAAAGGCGUGCCAUCAUACGCCAUCCAAGUCACCCCAAACAUGACUUGAAGUUGUUGAGGGGAAGGUGUCCCUCCAAGUGCGAUGCUUGUGGCGCCACACGCAAAGGGAGUUCCUAUAUAUGCACCAAAGAUGCUUGCCAAUAUUUGAUCCAUCAAAAAUGUGCUUCAUUGCCUCAACACUUGAAAAGGGAAGACCAUCAUCACUCUCUUUCUCUCUCUUUUCAGGUCCCACGAGAAUACAUCAGACUUCAAUACAAAUGUGAUGUAUGCAACAUAUCUUUUCUACCCAACUAUUGGAUAUAUCAUUGCCCACUUUGCAGAUAUAUUGUCCACAUCAAAUGCGCCUUCAACAAGAAGCCUCGGGUCAUUGAUAUAUCCAUUGGGAAAGACAUAGUCCAUCUUCCAACGAAUGAGGUGGCCGUGGAACAAAUUACACCGUUUGUGAUGAGACAAAGAGGAGGAGAAAUAUUGAUACCACCCAUCAUCCUCCCUGCUUCAAGCCCAUCCAUUGAGUUGGUGAAUGUGAAAUACUAUAAGUUCAUUCAUCACCAACAUCAACUCACUUUAGUCUCAUCUGGCGAUCCAAGCCAAGAAGAAGAAGAAGAACAAGAUGAGGAGAAUUAUGGAGUGAGAUCAGAAUUGAUAUGUGAUGGGUGCAUCACUCCUAUAUCAUCAUCAUCAUACUACUACAUGAGUUGCAGUGAAUGCAAAUACAAUCUUCACUUGGCUUGCUUUCACUUGCCACCUAACGUCCCGUCUCUUCCAAUCCACCGCCACGAUUAUCAUCACUCGCUGGACCUCCUAUCUUGUGACAAACUUCGACCUUGGCAGAUCACAAUAUGCAGUGUGUGUCAGAAUGCUACGAAUGGGCUGUUUUAUAGUUGCACAGCGUGCAACUUCAACGUCGAUAUGCUAUGCGGUUGUAUGCCGGAUACCAUUCACCACGCAUUUCACCCGCAACAUCUCCUCAAGCAUGUGACCGAGUCGGAUCUAGGCAGGGAUAUCAAUCGACGGCGCUUGUCGUGUGCUGCUGGCUGUGGCGAAGAUGUAGACGAUUAUGAUUGUUACAGGUGUUGCAGCAUCCCGUGUGAAUUCAUUGUGCACGUCAGAUGCGCGUUGCUGCCUGUGUCAGUCAGAAGCCGUAGAUGGGACGAGCACCACCCGCUGCUGUUGACAUACGACGCCACUCUCAACCGUCCGGGGGAUUUCUACUGCGAUCAAUGCGAAAAACAGAUGAAUCCCAGGAGUUGGAUGUAUCACUGCCGCACCUGCGAUAUAUCCUUCCAUCCUAAUUGCUUUAAAACUACAUCUGGCUGGUUCAGAAACAUCAGGUUGGGGCAGGAAUAUGAUGUGAAUGCAGAAACCCAUCCACACCCUCUCACCUUUCAACUUCUCACCACAAAACGCCGCUGCGACAUUUGUGGUUGGGAUAGGCAUGAAAAACAAGGAUUUUACUGUGCAUUAUGCAACUUCUUCAUUUGUCUCUAUUUCUGCGGUGAAAAGAUGAUCGAAUAUGGGGACAUGAAGGCCGUCGGAUGAAUGAGAGAAAUUAUAUGUUUCAGAUCAUUUGUUUAGUACUCUGUCUAGAAUGAUGAUACACAUGUCUAUCUCUUUCCUCUUGUAUUGUUAUACCUAUAUAUUAUAUUUGUUAUUAUUUCAUUU